UCCAUGUAGCAGAUAGCGUGGCGCAAGAAGAGAAGAGUGAAAAGAGUUAGGAAGAACGACUGAGUCAGUCAAGAAGAGUAAAAAGUCAAAACACUGAAAUUAAAUUACGGGAAUGCCAGUUCCUAUCUCAUUCAUCUCCCUUGCAACCUAAACUGUGUCUUUGGAAUCCGAUCCCAUUUCUCAGAACUAAGAGAAUCAAAUCAAAACCAUCUUCUCCUGAUCCUUCCAAGAAACCCCAAAAAUGUCGCUGCUGAAGACGGUGGCGGUGUCACACAACAACGUCGACAAUAACAUGCUGCCAUCAACACCGGGCAAGUUGAAACCAGAAAAGUACCAACCCUACAACCACUACAUGAUCCACCGUCUCACUAUCAAACUCACCCUUUGGUCCUCAAUCUUCCUCGCCUUCAUCCUCUUCUUCUUCAUCCUCUCCCCUCCAUCUCCUUCCCCCGCCGCCAACCGCCGUGAAUCAUGGGGAGGCCACCACUGGGAGAAGCGCGUCACCAAGUCAGCCUGCAGGAACUCCGACUCCGGAUUCACCGUCCUCGUCACCGGCGCUGCCGGCUUCGUCGGCUGCCACGUGUCCCUUUCCCUCAAGCGGCGCGGCGACGGAGUCGUCGGCCUCGACAACUUCAACCGCUACUACGACCAGAACCUGAAACGCUCCCGCCAGAAGGUGCUCUCAGGCGCCGGCGUCUUCGUGGUGGAGGGCGACAUCAACGACGCUGCGCUCAUUCGCAAACUCUUCGACGUCGUCCACUUCACCCACGUCAUGCACCUGGCCGCCCAGGCUGGCGUCCGCUACGCCAUGCAGAACCCGCAUUCCUACGUCCAUAGCAACGUCGCGGGGUUCGUGAACCUUCUAGAAGCUUCGAAAGAUGCGAACCCGCAGCCAGCGAUCGUGUGGGCCUCAUCGAGUUCCGUGUACGGACUCAAUUCUAAGGUACCGUUUUCGGAGAAGGACAGAACUGAUCAACCGGCGAGUCUUUACGCCGCUACGAAGAAAGCAGGUGAAGCCAUUGCUCAUAGCUAUAACCACAUCUAUGGGCUUUCCAUCACUGGAUUGCGUUUCUUCACUGUUUAUGGUCCUUGGGGUAGGCCUGACAUGGCGUAUUUCUUCUUCACGAAGGAUAUUCUGAAGGGGAAGCAGAUCACUGUGUUUGAGGCGGCAGAUGGUGGAACAGUUGCGAGGGAUUUUACAUACAUUGAUGACAUCGUGAAGGGGUGCUUAGGGGCUUUGGACACGGCGAAGAGGAGCACUGGCAGCGGGGGGAAGAAGAAGGGGCCUGCGCAGUUCAGGAUAUAUAACCUGGGGAACACUUCGCCGGUGGCGGUGAGCGAGCUUGUGAGGAUAUUGGAGAAGCUUCUGAAGGUGAAGGCGAAGAAGAAGGUGAUGGUUAUGCCGAGGAAUGGGGACGUUCAGUUCACGCAUGCCAAUAUUAGCAGAGCGCAUAGGGAGCUAGGUUACAUGCCCACCACAGAUUUGGAGACAGGUCUCAGCAACUUUGUGAAAUGGUACCUUGAUUUUUACUCUCCCUCUACGAAGAACCCUGCUUCUUCUUCUUCUUCUUCUGCUAUCUUUCUCACCUUCUUCAAAGACCUGUGUAGCAGCUCUCCUUCCGACCUUGCGCUCAGCCUUGGCCCAUGCGGUCUAGCAGCUCCCCCUCUCACAAAGCCACCUCUCAUGGGGCUAUCUUCUGUUAUCGCAACAAACCCUAGAUGAUGAAGAAUAACACCUAACUACUAUUAUUUUGUUUUAACUAUCCAUUAUUGUUUAUGUAAGAUGUAGGGAGAUUCUGUUCACCCAACCGCUAUCUACAAGGGCCUUGUCAAUAAAAGUAUAAAAUUAAGCAUAGCCAGGACAGGGUAUGUAGGGCUGUCAAACGGCCCAUUUAGCCAGUCUAACAUAAUAUUUGAUUAACAAGGAUUAAGGAUUAGUCACAAAUUCUAAUACGGCCCAGCAGCAUGGUCGCUAUUAUCCUUUGGUGAUAAAUUGAAUAAUUUUCCAUGAUAACCCAUCAGAAUAUCAGAAGAUUAAGAAUAAUAGUUAUUGCUAAUGCCCAACCCAAUGGAGGCAAACUUGGAUUGCGAUUGAAAGAUUUAGGCAGGGUCUUUUAGAAUAACCAAACUAAAGCCCUUUUAUAAUGAAACUGCUCAACUCAAUAAAGACACAACGAACUAGCUUUGUGAAUACGCAAGCGAUGGUUUGAGAUCUUUCAAAAGCUAAAUCAAACAGUAUGUUAAAAUCAAACACCAUAUAUAAUACGAAUCCCAUUAAUUCGAAACAGACAUCCUAGCAUCUUUAGGAGAUGGGCACCGUUUCCUGUAUAACAUAUUAGUACCAUCUUUACCAGGAUUUUACGACUUCUAAAUGUCCAAAGCUAAAUAAACAGAGAAAAUAAUUCGAAUAGAGAUGAAUUCAGCCAUAAAUUUUAAACAGAAGACAAGGAAAAUCUGAUAUAUCCCUACUGUUAAACAAUCUCUAUAUACACCAAUAUAAAAGGUUUAAAAUUUCCAUCAGGUAAUCUCAGAACAGGAUAUAAAAGUUCCAAUAACUUUGAGAUUAACACAACACUAAAGGGGCCCUACAGUAGAACAAGAGUGAACCAAAUUGGUAGAUGGGAAAAGGGCAGUGUUUACAGCAAUAAUAAGAGAAAGGCCCACAAGAAGACACAGAAACACAAGGAAUGCAACGUCAAAAUACUUGAUAAACACCAGUGAGAUAUUUAUAGGAAAAUAAAUAGCGCACAGGAAAGACAUCAAUAAUUCAGAGUCCAUUCGUUUCUAGUAAAUGAAUACUAAAGUCUCGAACCAAUGCUUGAGAAAUGUAUGAUAUAGAAAUUCAUCACGACAAAGACAGUAAUAAGAGUACAGACUACUACCUAGAAAAUUCGGCUGUGCAUAGGCACUUAAUGAAAUUUUAACUACAAAACUUAGAUUUGCAACGUCCAUAAUUUACAAAGCAUGACAUGAAAUUGGACUAUCAUUAACCUGAUUAAUAAUGACGAAGCAGCACUGACCCAACAUCAUUUCGUGAGAGACGUAACUCCCAUUUCAGCAUAGUUGCAGAGUUUUUACCCCUCAUUCACCUGGCUAAAAGGAAAUCUCCCUUCAGCAGCUCCUAAUAUUUCAUUCCCUUGAAAGUAACAGACAAUCUAAAUCUAAUAUUGAGAUUACACAUUAACAAUUCCACAUAAAAAUCCUAUUUUAAUACUCCAGUCUAAGUCUGACCCAACCAUUUGAUGGAAUAAUAAUAAUAACUCUCACAGGCUCACAGACAUAUGAAACAAGCUCAAAAUUUCACAUUAAUUUCUCACAGACCUAUCAGCGUCCAAAGACGAUCUUUGACUCUUUCCUUUUACUUUACAUCACAAGAAUUGUGUAAGCUACUUAUAGUUAUAGACCAUCUCCAUAAAGCUUGUCACAGGACAGAAUGAUUUGCGCCUUCCUACACCAAACUUAGUAAUUUAGACUUUAGAUACAGGUUUUAUUACUUAGUAAGAUUGGACCACCUUUCUUCCGUUCUUUAUACUUCAUUCCACUUCACUCGAAACUAGAACACAAGUUUGAUAUACACACACACAUUUGCGCAACCAUGGCCUUAGUCUAUUUAGCCAAUAAACAAUUACAGCAGAAGCAGAUAAAGACCGCUUCGGAUCUCACCAUACACAUAUAUUCAAUCCAAGCAACUUUUGAAUCCCUAAAACCACCCGUUGUUAGCUACAUGAUGACAUUAAUAUGGCAAAAAACCAAAAUGCGCAUAACAUGGUUAACCCGUUCGUCCACUAAAGGAAACGGCACAAAACAAAAACCAAACAUGACCAAAAAUAAAUAAAUAAAAAGAAGAAGAAAAAACAGCAAUACCGAAAUAGCUGAGAAAAAAGAAAGAACACAUUUAGGAAAAUCCAGAAGCAGAGCGAAUGGAAUUUGCAAGGAUCUGAUAUGUGAGGAGUUUACUUAGCAACCAUUCUGGCGAUGAAAUCCUCGUAACGGAUCUUACCAUCGGGGCCAACAUCAACCUCCCUGAUCCACUCGUCAAACUCAGAGGGCUCGAGCUUCUCGCCGAUACUGGUGAGGAUGUGGCGGAGCUCAGAGACGGAGACGUAGCCGGUGUUGUCCUUGUCGAGGACCUUGAAGGCGUCGCGGAGCUGGCGAUCAAAGGGCUCAGCCUUCAUGUGCUUGGCCAUCAGAUCCAGAAAUCGAGGAAAAUCGAAGGGUGCGGUGAGGUUCUCUUCGGCGAUGAUGGCUUUGAGUUGUGCCUGGGUGGGGUUGCCGCCCAGUGACCUCAUAAGGAUCCCAAGCUCCGACGGAGCGAUCC